AUGCGGCUGGAGGACUGGCAAACCGAGAAAUCGAGCGAUCUGAGCCAUUUAUGGAUUGCCCCAUACUCCGAUAACGACAAGGCAAGGAACGAUAAAGGCGUGGUGUAUCUCUUGCGCGUGAUGGUGAGCUCGCGCGUCGGGUAUGCGAGGCUGUCGAUCCACGAUAGCGCCGGCCGUCAGCUCGAUGAUGGAAACAUUCCUUGCUGGAGCGCCGGGAGGGUUUGCUAUCCGCAGGUUACCUUUGGCGGGAGAAUCGGGAGGGUUAGCAUGGUGGAGCCUCCUCAUUCUAUCUAA